AUGUUCUCGCUGCUUGUGUUCUCACUCAGCUCUCUCGUGACCCUUGCGGCUGCCUGUGAUGCGUGGACCGGGGGUCUCCCUACACCUACGGGAGCCGUGUCCAGUAGCGCCGUCAUCGAGGUCGCAGCCGGCCAAACCUUUGACGGUGGCUGGAAGAAAUACGACCGUGGCAGUGGUGCUUGCAAGUGGGUCUCCCCCGGCAUUUCUUGGAGUGGUCAUUUCUUCUAUCUCCACGAGGGAGCCACCCUCCAGAAUGUUAUCAUUGGCGCCAACCAGGCCGAAGGUGUCCGUAAAUCAGAUUGUACUUUGAACUUUGUUUGGUUUGAGGAUGUGUGUGAGGACGCCAUUACCAUCAAAAAUGAUGAGUAUGGUGACUAUACCAAUAUCAUCGGUGGUGGCGCCUAUCAUGCCGAGGAUAAGGUCGUCCAACAUAACGGUUGCGGAACAGUAAACAUCAUCAACUUCUAUGUUGAAGACUAUGGCAAGCUCUACCGGUCCUGUGGAAAUUGCAAGUCACAAUGUUACAGAAACGUCUACAUCAAAGGCGUCGUUGCUGUCGAUGGUGGAAUCCUGGCCGGGAUUAACUACAACUAUGGCGAUACUGCUACGAUUCUCGACUCUUGCUAUGACACCUCCCACCCAUGCACGCUCUACGAUGGUUGCAACGACGGUUGCGAGCCCGAAGUUAUUGGCUAUUGUUCUGGCUGA